AUGACGGGCCCGGACCCCGACCUGCUGGCUUCCCGCCGGCUUCCCGCAGGCCAUGACAGGCCAAAGCCACCCAGGUUUCGGUAUUACCCGCACACCUUGGAACCCGGCACCAAGGAAGUGCCCGCCCCCCACCUGCCCGCCAAGGAGAGGUGCCCGCCCCCCGACCUGCCCGCCAAGGAGAAGUGCCCGCCCCCCGACCUGCCCUCCAAGAAGAGGUGCCCGCCCCCCGACCUGCCCUCCAAGAAGAGCAAAGAGCAGUGCCCGCCCCCCGACCUGCCCGCCAAGGAGAAGUGCCCGCCCCCCGACCUGCCCUCCAAGAAGAGGUGCCCGCCCCCCGACCUGCCCUCCAAGAAGAGGUGCCCGCCCCCCGACCUGCCCUCCAAGAAGAGACCGAAAGGCCCGCCCUCUGACCUUCCUGCCAAGACAGCCCCACCUCUAGCCCCGCCUCCAGCCACGCCCACCAGCCCACACCGACGAAGUACCGCAUACCGGAAAGCCGCACCGGGAGAGGGAGACCGGCGCUCCCGCUCCAAGAACCGCGCCCCCUUGCACCCCUGGCAGCGCCCCCGCCGCCGCUUCUACUGGUUGCGUCUCCGCUUCCGCUGGUGGCUUGAAGACCGGACAAAGUGGCUUGAAGACAGGAGAAGGAGAAGGCGGCAGGCUCCUCCUCCACCGGGCCCGCCGCACCCGCCGCAACCGACGGCCCAGCGACGCUUCGUCCGCUUCCCACGAAUGGGCCCGCCUCUGCACGGGAAGGCCCGCGGAGGCACGGGAAGGGCCGACGACGGUCGGGCCUACUUCCGGUGGCUGUGGGCCCGGGAAAGCCGCGCGCGCCUCGUGCGGCUGGGCACGCCGCCUCGGGCCUACUUCCAGUGGCUGUGGGCCCGGGAAAGCCGCGCUCGCCUCGUGCACGUGCGCCCGCCGCCUCGGGCCUACUUCCGGUGGCAGUGGGCCCGGGAAAGCCGCAAGCGCCUCGUGCGGGUGGGCCCGCCGCCUCGGGCCUACUUCCGGUGGCAGUGGGCCCGGGAAAGCCGCGUGCGCCUCCUGCACGUGUGCCCGCCGCCGCCUCGGGCCUACGCGCCUCGGGCCUACUUACGGUGGCUGUGGGCCCGGGAAAGCCGCGCGCGCCUCGUGCACGUGGGCCCGCCGCCUCUCGGGACCGGCAUGGGGAACCGGGCCUCCGCGUCUUCCACGUCUUCGCAAAACAAAGACAGGGGAGAACGGCACGAACUCCACUGCCUGGACCCGGACUCUGCUCCCGCCACACCCGCACCGGAUGGACCGCGCUUGGUGCGGGUCCAGAUCGAGCCGCCGCCGAGGACGGGCGCGGGGAACCUCGCCGCCGAAUUGGAACCCUCACCGCCGCCGCCGCCGCCGUCGCCGGAAGGACGGGAUAGCAGAUCCGGGCACAGCUGCGGCCGGCCGUGUGAGGAGGGAAAAGCGCGCCGCCCCUUCGGCACUGCCGCCCGGGAGAGCGGCGGGAGCCGGGCCGGACGGGAGCAGGGAGGGGACGCGGAGACCCUCCGCCGCUCCACGACCGGCCACCCCCGCCGUCUGCGACGCUGCACACCCUUGCGAUGCGGACGCGGGGGCUACCCGAAUCCCCCUCGGUUGCCGCUGACGGAAGGAACCCUGCACCUCCUUAGGGCGGCGGCGCCUGUGGACGUCGGCCCGGGCCCUGUUCGGCUGACCUUACGUGAAGGGGGAAGCCUGGAGAGAACAAGCCUCCCUCCACACAUCCCCACCUCCCCUUCCACCAAAGCCCUGCUUUCACCCAUCCCCGCCGACCCUUCCACCCUGCACACACGGGCCCAGGCACAAUCUCGCACCCUGCACCCACAGAUCCUGGCCAUGCUGUGGCCAGCAUGGCUUGGACGGAGAAGCCCUGGGCCACUUCGGCCUGCCACGCGUGGAGGGGACACGAAUCGACGGCGCUUCGACGUGCCGGAACGUGACGGCUGUGGCGCGGAGCGACGACGGGAACGGAUAGAGGAGACGACGGACGGCCGCCGCUGCUGA